AUGUCCUACCAAACGACACCCGCCUUCAUCAAGUACUGCCCUAACGGCUGGGACGAUGUCCGCUCACACCCAGCAAUGGCAUGGAUGGAGAAGUACACGAACAUGUUCGACUCACGCGCCGCCUUCGACGCACCGUAUUCUGACUGGCACACCUCCGACUACACCCUCCACGAAGCGAACGGCAUAACCAUGUCUGGCGGAGAGGCAGGCUGGGCUGCUCUCAAGGACAUAUACAGCCCUUUCUCCGCCCACUUGCAUGAUCCGACAUUCCUUGUUUGGUGGGAGACGGGAAAUGGGUGGGAGAUGAUUGGACAGGCGGACAUGUGCGCCAAUUUGGCGGCACCGGGAGGCCAGAAGAAGAAGGACAGGAAUGGGAACGAGUGGGACGUCAUAAUUCCAUCUGCAUUCCAUUUUGAAUAUGUCAAGGACGAUGGCGCGAAGCAUGACGGGAUGUUGCUUAGGAGGACGGAGAUCCUCGCUGAUUCGGGACCGGCUGUUGUUGAAAUGAUGAAGAGGGGGAUGCUUAAGCCUGAGGAGCUGAUGAAGUAG